AUGCAGCUAAAAGAUUUCAUCCUAAAAUUUGGAACUGAUAACAGUUCAGUUGCAGAAGAUCUCAGUGAGCGCGAGGAGUGUACCAGUGAAGAAAAUCAGAGAGGUAAACGGGUGCCAGGUUGUGAAGAGCUCUUGCUGGACUGGGAAGUGGAACAGGGUCUUGGAGGGAAGCAGCCACCAGAGGAGUUCAGCCACUGUUACAAGAGGAUCAUCACUGACCUUCUGUACAACCUAAAGAACGAACAUGCGUCACAGUUUAUAGACCUGCACAAAGGAAGACCUGAAAUCAACCAAACCUUUCAUCAAGCUCAGCAGCGCUUUAUACGCAACAUUCACCUCAAGUUGAGACACACUAACAUCCGCGAGACAAACGUCAGCUGGGGAAGGAAAGGUCUGAGUGCCAAACACAACAGAUCUCAUCAGUUUUAUGUGGACCGCCUUUGCUCUCACUUCCAGCGCACUAUCACUGCUUCCCUAAACAGACACAUGCAGGUCCGUCAGCCUAAAGGAUCUUUCGACAUGCAGAGGAAAGAGGUUUCCAGACUCAAAACUCAAGAAGAGAUUCAGCGCCAUGUCAGAUUUGGGAAAACAUUAGCACAGGGCUUUGCGUUCAGGCAGAACUUUCUAACAGAAGUAAGAAGUGCACUUGAAGCAUCAUCAUUGUCCCUGAAUGCUUUGCUGAUAGUUGGAGAACCAGGGUCUGGAAAAAGCACGACGCUUGCCAAAUUGGCUCAGCUAAUACCUACUUGGAUACCUGGGGAUGUCAAAGUGCUGGCCUGUUUUGUGGGUCUGACAUCUGACAGCAGAAAUGUGCGAUUGCUCCUCCAGACUCUGUGCCUUCAGUUAUCCAACAUCUACAGCCUUCAAACAGAGAUAUCUGAGUCUCUGUCAGAGUUGUCCAGCGAUCUGUGCUCAUUGUUGGGUUUGGUGACAGAGGAGCGGCCCUUGACCCUGCUGCUGGAUGGUCUGGAUAAUCUGAGCGAGGAACAUGAAGCUGACCUUUCCUGGCUCAGUGAUAUUCUUCUGCCACAUGUCUUCAUUGUUGUUUCUGCCAGCACACACUCUAAAUGUGCUCAUUUUUUACGGGUAAGCAUUAGCAAAUGA